AUGGUUGAUUGGAAGGCUCUGUUUUCGCCGGCACCAUCGCUGGAUGUGCCUGGCUUGGAGACGGUCGAUCUCACCGACAAGGCGAUGGAAAAACGCAUUGUCCGCAAGCAGGAUCUGCGUAUCCUGCCCUGGAUCUGUGUGACAUACCUUCUGAACUACCUCGACCGAGUCAACCUUGGCAACGCCCGUACGCUCAAUAACGACACUCCCGAGGAUAACAUCGUGACGACACUCAACCUCACUGGCCAGCGAUACAAUGUCGCCGUCGCUCUUUUCUUCGUGCCCUAUGUUCUGAUGGAGUUCCCUUCCAACAUCAUGCUCAAGUAUUUCUCCCCAAGCAAAUGGAUCUCCCGUAUCAUGGUCUCCUGGGGCAUCAUCACAGUCUGCACUGCAGCCGUGACAACUUAUGGUGGCCUGCUUGCUGUCAGAAUCUGUCUCGGAUUGGCUGAGGCUGGCUUCUUCCCCGGUAUCAUGAUGUAUCUCUGUUUCUGGUACAAGCCUGAGGAGCGGGCCACGCGCAUGGCCAUAUUCGCUUCUUCCAUCGCAGUCGCGGGUGCUUUCGGCGGCUUGCUGGCCACCGGCAUCUCAUUCCUCAACGGAAAGUCUGGACUAGCGGGAUGGCAGUGGCUGUUCGUCCUCGAAGGAAUCCCCGCCGUCAUUGUCGGAGUCAUGGUCUGGUUCAUGCUGCCCGACUACCCCCAAACAGCUUCUUGGCUGACGGCCGAAGAGCGAGCUUUUGCGGUAAAGCGCCUUGGCCCCUAUGCGCCAUCCAUGACCGACAAGCACUGGGACAGUAAGGUUGCUAAGAAGACUCUCGCUGAUCCAUUCUUCUGGCUGUUCGCCGCUCAGUACUUCCUCAUGACAAACUCCCUAAAUGCAUUUGGUUACUUUGCCCCCACCAUUGUCGCAUCGUUGGGCUUCCAAGGCUACAACGCGCAGCUUCUCACUGUGCCUCCCAAUGUUUUCGCCAUGAUCAUCAUCGUUGGCGUCUGUCUUCACAGCGACAAGACCAAGGAGAGAUCAAGGCAUGUCAUUGGAGGGCUCAUUUUUGUCUCUAUUGGAUACCUGCUCCUCGCUGUCGUGAAGCACUGGGGUGUGAGGUACUUUGCGGUCUGCAUUAUUGCCUGCACCAACGCAGCCGUCCUUCCUUUUGUCGCCCACCGUACUGCGACCGUGCAAGGGUCCGUGGCAACUGCUCUCGCAACAGGCGGUAUGAUCUCCAUCGCCAACUGCGGCGGGAUAUCUGCCCCUUUCCUCUUCCCAAGUGCCCAGGGACCCAUGUACAGCAUGGGCAACUGGACCGUGUUUUCAUUCCUCAUUGCUGCUGCUGUGAUGACGGGCUACACGUGGUACGUGUUUGGCAGUCACUCCGGAUACAGGACUGGAGGCAAGGAUGAGAACGGAAACAUGGAGGUCCUGGACGCAGAAGGGGAGGACCAAGAUGAAAUGAUGAACAAGGCGCUCGGGAUCAAGAAGGCAGAUGAUGAUGCUGUAUGA